GGGGCUUGCCCGUUGAAACUACUCCUAAAAACUGAAUUUCCAUCUUUUCCUCACUAUGGAGUAAGAAGUAUAAAUAUAAAUAGUUAAAUACAGAUACUCCCACUCCUUCAACUACAUAAAAAACUUCACUCAAACUCGAAUUUAUUUCAUCUCUACUGAUAAAAAAUGAGCUCUACAAGCAAAGCUUGGUUAGUAGCAGCGAGCGUGGGAGCAGUGGAGGCGCUGAAAGAUCAGGGCUUCUGUAGAUGGAAUUAUGCUUUCCGGCUUAUUCAGCAGCGCGCCAAAGCCAAUCUCAGAUCUUAUUCUUCUCAGAGUAACAAACUAUCUCCGGCGGCGGCGAUGAAGACCACAAAGAAGCAAUUGAUUCAAUCGGAGGAGUCUCUUAGAACUGUUAUGUACUUGAGUUGUUGGGCCCCCAAUUGAUUAGUUUAUGUAUACACUCCCUACUUAAUUUGUACAGUAUAUACUAUGAUAUUAUAUCAAUUCCAUUAUCACCAACUACUUUCUUCUUCAA